AUGGACGGUGGCGCAACAAGAAUCGAUAGCGAAUCGUUCAAAGCGAGAAGAGAGUUCCGGGAGGCCGCCCUCUCCCUUCCGCCCCGGGAACCACACCCCUGGACCCCAGCCCUGAGACGGCACGUCUGGGCAGCCCUGAAGGGGAAAGGCGCGGUGGGCAUCCUGCAGCCUGGCCAGGCGACGACCAGGAGCAGUCAGUUCAGGGGCUCUGGGCCUGAUGCAGCGCCUCUGCUGAGAACCAGGUUGCUGGAUUGGAGCUCAGACCGCGAUCGUGAUCUAUUCGAUCGAGGGGGCCCCAGAAUCCAGCACCGGCAGACCGAACUACUCGAUAUGGGCAGCAGUCGACUGAGCAGGAAAGGCGACGAGUGCGGAACAGUCCGUCUCCGUGGAUACAAAAUGCUGAGAGGGAAUGGUGUUUGCUCGAGUGAGAUGUGUGCUGCGGAUCGUCGAGCAGUUCUGAGCUACGACUAUAGAUGA